CGUCUAUAUAAAGAAUCGGAACGCUUCUUGCGCAUUUAUUUUCAAAUAAGAGCUCAUAUAAGAGAGAACUGAGAAUUGAAAUAUAUUGUGUUAACAUUGAUUUAUACUAAGACAAAGAAUUACAUAAAUUUGGAAUAGAAUUAAACUAAGUGAUCAUCAUGCAGAUCUUCGUCAAGACUUUGACUGGUAAAACUAUUACUCUAGAAGUUGAGGCAUCAGACACAAUCGAAAAUGUAAAGGCAAAGAUCCAAGACAAGGAAGGCAUCCCUCCAGACCAACAGCGUCUCAUUUUCGCCGGCAAGCAGUUGGAAGAUGGCCGCACUCUGUCUGAUUACAAUAUCCAGAAAGAAUCGACACUCCACUUAGUACUGCGUCUGCGAGGUGGUAUGCAGAUCUUCGUCAAGACCUUGACUGGCAAAACAAUUACUCUGGAAGUAGAAGCUUCAGACACAAUCGAAAAUGUAAAAGCUAAGAUCCAAGACAAGGAGGGCAUCCCUCCAGACCAACAGCGUCUCAUUUUCGCCGGUAAGCAGUUGGAAGAUGGCCGAACUCUGUCUGAUUAUAAUAUCCAAAAAGAAUCUACACUCCACUUAGUACUGCGUCUGCGAGGUGGUAUGCAGAUCUUCGUCAAGACCUUGACCGGCAAAACAAUCACUCUCGAAGUUGAAGCGUCAGACACAAUAGAAAAUGUAAAAGCAAAAAUUCAAGACAAGGAAGGUAUCCCUCCAGACCAACAGCGUCUCAUUUUCGCCGGUAAGCAGUUGGAAGAUGGCCGCACUCUGUCUGAUUACAAUAUCCAAAAAGAAUCUACACUCCACUUAGUAUUGCGUCUGCGAGGUGGUAUGCAGAUCUUCGUCAAGACCUUGACUGGCAAAACUAUCACUCUCGAAGUUGAAGCGUCAGACACAAUCGAAAAUGUUAAAGCUAAGAUCCAAGACAAGGAAGGUAUCCCUCCAGACCAACAGCGUCUCAUUUUCGCCGGUAAGCAGUUGGAAGAUGGCCGCACUCUGUCUGAUUACAAUAUCCAAAAAGAAUCUACACUCCACUUGGUAUUGCGUCUGCGAGGUGGUAUGCAGAUCUUCGUCAAGACCUUGACUGGCAAAACAAUCACUCUCGAAGUUGAGGCUUCAGACACAAUCGAAAAUGUAAAAGCAAAAAUUCAAGACAAGGAAGGUAUUCCUCCAGACCAACAGCGUCUCAUUUUCGCCGGUAAGCAGUUGGAAGAUGGCCGCACUCUGUCUGAUUACAAUAUCCAAAAAGAAUCUACACUCCACUUGGUAUUGCGUCUUCGAGGUGGUAUGCAGAUCUUCGUCAAGACCUUGACUGGCAAAACAAUCACUCUGGAAGUUGAGCCCUCUGACACAAUCGAAAAUGUUAAAGCUAAGAUCCAAGACAAGGAAGGCAUCCCUCCAGACCAACAGCGGCUCAUUUUCGCCGGUAAGCAGUUGGAAGAUGGCCGCACUCUGUCUGAUUACAAUAUCCAAAAAGAAUCUACACUCCACUUAGUACUGCGUCUGCGAGGUGGUAUGCAGAUCUUCGUCAAGACCUUGACUGGCAAAACAAUCACUCUCGAAGUUGAAGCAUCAGACACAAUAGAAAAUGUAAAAGCAAAAAUUCAAGACAAGGAAGGUAUCCCUCCAGACCAACAGCGUCUCAUUUUCGCCGGUAAGCAGUUGGAAGAUGGCCGCACUCUGUCUGAUUACAAUAUCCAAAAAGAAUCUACACUCCACUUGGUAUUGCGUCUUCGAGGUGGUAUGCAGAUCUUCGUCAAGACCUUGACUGGCAAAACAAUCACUCUGGAAGUUGAGCCCUCUGACACAAUCGAAAAUGUUAAAGCUAAGAUCCAAGACAAGGAAGGCAUCCCUCCAGACCAACAGCGGCUCAUUUUCGCCGGUAAGCAGUUGGAAGAUGGCCGCACUCUGUCUGAUUACAAUAUCCAAAAAGAAUCUACACUCCACUUAGUACUGCGUCUGCGAGGUGGUAUGCAGAUCUUCGUCAAGACCUUGACUGGCAAAACAAUCACUCUCGAAGUUGAGGCUUCAGACACAAUCGAAAAUGUAAAAGCAAAAAUUCAAGACAAGGAAGGUAUCCCUCCAGACCAACAGCGUCUCAUUUUCGCCGGUAAGCAGUUGGAAGAUGGCCGCACUCUGUCUGAUUACAAUAUCCAAAAAGAAUCUACACUCCACUUGGUAUUGCGUCUGCGAGGUGGUAUGCAGAUCUUCGUCAAGACCUUGACUGGCAAAACAAUCACUCUCGAAGUUGAGGCAUCAGACACAAUCGAAAAUGUAAAGGCAAAGAUCCAAGACAAGGAAGGUAUCCCUCCAGACCAACAGCGUCUGAUUUUCGCCGGCAAGCAGUUGGAAGAUGGUCGCACUCUAUCAGAUUACAACAUCCAGAAAGAGUCGACACUUCAUUUGGUGCUCAGACUGCGAGGUGGUGUUUAAUAAUUAAAAGAAAAAUAAAUUGUUUUUGCAUUUAAAA